AUGGCCGAGAAAAGGCAGGCAGGCAAGCCCGGCGAGGAAGAGGAGGAAGUGCCCGCCUUCUUCAAGAACCUGGGCUCCGGGAGCCCCAAGCCGCGGCAGAAAUUCUGUGGCAUGUUCUGCCCGGUGGAAGGCUCCUUGGAGAACAAGACCAUCGACUUCGACUCCCUCUCGGUGGGACGCGGCUCCAGCAAGAUCGUGGCCAAGCAGAAGGACGUGGCCCACCUCGGAGCCGAGGCUCAGUCCCCCUAUUCCUGGCAGAGCAGGAAGGGAGGGGAACCAUCUGUUGAUUUCGGAAGGAAGGUGGAGAUCCGGAGAGCCUCUGGCAAAGAAGCGCUGCAGAACCUGAACGACAAGAGUGAUCGCCUUUUGAUCAAGGGUGGUAAGAUAGUUAACGAUGACCAGUCUUUCUAUGCAGACAUAUACAUGGAAGAUGGGUUGAUAAAACAAAUUGGAGAGAACCUCAUUGUGCCAGGAGGAGUGAAAACGAUCGAAGCUCAUGGAAGGAUGGUGAUUCCUGGAGGCAUUGAUGUCCAUACUCGCUUCCAGAUGCCUGACCAGGGGAUGACCUCUGCGGAUGACUUCUUCCAAGGAACAAAAGCAGCCCUGGCUGGAGGCACCACAAUGAUCAUUGAUCAUGUUAUUCCAGAGCCAGGGACCAGCCUGCUCUCUGCAUUUGACCAAUGGCGAGAAUGGGCAGAUAGCAAGUCCUGCUGCGAUUACUCUUUGCAUGUGGAUAUCACAGAAUGGCAUAAAGGAGUUCAGGAAGAGAUGGAAGCAUUGGUUAAGGAUCAUGGAGUGAAUUCCUUCUUGGUUUACAUGGCCUUCAAGGACCGCUUUCAGCUAACAGAUUCUCAGAUAUAUGAGGUCUUGAGCGUGAUACGUGACAUUGGUGCCAUUGCCCAAGUUCAUGCUGAGAAUGGCGACAUCAUUGCUGAGGAACAGCAAAGGAUCUUGGAACUGGGAAUCACUGGACCUGAAGGGCAUGUUCUGAGCAGGCCUGAAGAGGUUGAGGCUGAAGCUGUGAACCGAGCAAUCACCAUUGCUAACCAGACCAACUGCCCCUUGUAUGUCAGUAAGGUGAUGAGCAAGAGUGCGGCUGAAGUGAUUGCCCAGGCCAGGAAAAAGGGCACUGUGGUGUAUGGCGAGCCCAUCACAGCGAGCUUGGGCACGGAUGGAUCACACUAUUGGAGUAAAAACUGGGCCAAAGCAGCAGCUUUCGUCACCUCUCCACCCCUGAGCCCUGACCCGACCACCCCAGACUUCCUCAAUUCUCUGCUGUCUUGUGGAGAUCUCCAGGUCACUGGUAGUGCCCACUGUACCUUCAACACUGCCCAGAAAGCUGUUGGAAAGGACAACUUUACACUGAUCCCUGAAGGAACCAAUGGAACUGAGGAGAGGAUGUCUAUCAUCUGGGAUAAAGCUGUGGUUACUGGCAAGAUGGAUGAGAACCAGUUUGUAGCCGUGACCAGCACCACCGCAGCAAAGAUUUUCAACCUGUAUCCACGAAAGGGACGCAUUGCUGUGGGCUCUGAUGCUGACCUGGUUAUCUGGGACCCAGAUAGCGUCAAGACGAUCUCUGCCAAGACUCAUAACAUAUCUGUGGAAUACAAUAUCUUUGAGGGGAUGGAAUGUCGUGGGUCUCCAUUGGUUGUCAUCAGCCAAGGCAAGAUUGUGUUGGAGGAUGGUAACCUCCAUGCCACUGAAGGUUCUGGGCGAUACAUCCCCAGGAAACCAUUCCCUGAUUUUGUUUACAAGCGAAUCAAGGCAAGGAGCAGGCUGGCUGAGCUGAGGGGUGUGCCCCGAGGCCUGUACGAUGGCCCAGUCUGUGAAGUAUCGGUGACACCGAAAACAGUCACACCAGCAUCCUCGGCCAAGACAUCUCCAGCGAAACAGCAGGCCCCACCUGUUAGGAACCUGCACCAGUCUGGAUUUAGCUUGUCUGGUACAUACUUAAGUGCACAAAUUGAUGAUAAUAUUCCACGUCGUACUACGCAGCGCAUAGUGGCGCCACCUGGUGGACGUGCCAACAUCACCAGCUUGGGUUAAAACAAACCCACUUAGCAGAUCAUGGGAGUGGGUGGGGCACUUGAAGAUCCUUUUGAUUCUUUUAGAGCCUGUGAUGGUUACUGCGGGCAACCAGUGGGUAAGGCCUAGCUGAGGCGUCCGUCCCCCCCCGCCAGUCCCUUUGUUGUCAAUCUCUUUCCCCCAAUAUCUUCACAGAACCUAUUCACUUCCCUCUUCCUACACUUUUGGGAACAAACCCUGUUUUUUGACACGGAGAUGCAAAAAAGGAAAAUGUUAACGAGUAGAACUUGUGGUUUAUGUUACCAUUGACAUAUUUUCUUUUCUUUCUUGAAAAAGGAAGGAUAAAGUGAAUUUCCUGGGAGCUGCCUUUUUAUUUUUUAUUAUUUUUAAAUGGAGGUAUGGGUUUAAUAGUUGAAAAGAACAGCAAAGCAAUUCAAGGGUUUAAACUGGAUAUCCCUUAAACUGGAUUUUGCAGUAGUGCAGUGUAAAAGGGAACAUGGAAGUGAUCAAAGACCAAAUCUAUACUCUCCUUCCUCUAACUGGGAAGGUAACAUUUGUGCUGCUACAGUCCAUCAGUAAUUGGGUUGGGGCAGAGGGAAUAUAUCCCAUCCCAUUUUUAAAGUUUUCAAACUUUUAUCUCAUUCCGGAAUUUGAAGGGUCUUUUUUUUUUUUUAGGUGUAUGUGUGAGUUUGCUUGCUCCCAUAUGUUGUAUUGUCGUGUUUUGAAAUGCCUUAUUUUGGAAUGGAGAUCUUCGUUUUCACAUUCCAAGCUGAUUUUUAGGGUCCCUGUGGCACCACCUCAUUAUGGAUUCUGUUGUCACAGAAAUUGCCGAGUCUCCAGUGCGAUCAACCAAUAACUCGAUACUACAUUAGCUCCGCCCUCAUUUUUUUCAGUCUGAAGGAUAUAUUCUCCAACCGGUACUCUCUUGUGCCGAUGUGCUAGAUUCUUAACUUGAUAGUUUGGUCCUCCAUCUCUGGAACCAAGCUGAUUUCUGUUGGCAACAACCCCCUACUGAGAUUCUUCCGCUCAUUUACUCUUUGUUUUGCGGGUUGAUUCUAAAAACCUUGGGAUCUCGCAUGCUGCCAAAAAGAAACCUCCUUUUCAUUUUUGUGCUUACUGGCUUCCCUCAACUGAAAAUUCAUUUGCUGUAAAAUACUCUAGCCUUUAUCCAGUCCUGCUGUAGUCUUAGCAUUUGCGCAUGGAGGGAUUGGCUUUCCCCCCUUUUAGUAUUUGUUGUUGAGAACAUACGAAAGGAAGUCUGGGGCUUGGCUGUCCAUCCUUCUUCUCCCCGUUUCUGCUCUUAGUCAAGGAACACAAUCUCUAAGCUAGUAUUCCUCAGUUGUGUGGAGGGCAGGAUGGAGAACACUGGCCGAAGAUGCAAAAAGUGUGCACAAGUCUCUUUUUCUUCAUAAUGACCUGCAUGUACCAAAGUAGUUUGUGCUGUGCUCUGUAGUGAUCCCACUCCUGAUAGAACUUUGUCCAGAGCUGAAUCUAAAGAGCAACAUUGAUGUUUGUGCCAGCAGAAGCCAUUGCACUUCAUGAGAUUGAUAGUGCGCUAAAGAUAAGUUAUUCCUUCAUCAGUUCACUCUUGUGCAGAACCUCAUCAGACUGUUGGGAACCUAAAGUAACUUUGCUGCCAGCCACGUGAGAGCUGCUUCUUGGAGGCAAAUCCCUUGCAGCUGCAUUGCAUGUGGACAGGGCCAAACGCAUGUGACUUUGGCAUGGGAUCUGAAUGUAGGUAGCUUAUUAGGUUCAGUUGUGCCUAGUCCACUCUGAUCUCCCACCAUUGUUUGCUUAUGCGAAGGUACCAUGUGAUCAGUCCUAAUAAAAGCGUGUACAGGGUUUUUGGGUGGCCUGCAUUGAGCCUCGCAGUGAGUUUUAAUUUCAUCCGCUGCUAAGACCGCAUCAUCUCCAUUACUUUUUUAAAAUUAACACUGCAUGUAUUUCCUACUAUAGUAGUCUACUACUAUAGUAUUCUACUACUAUUCUACUAUAGUAUUCUCUACUAUAGUAUUCUACUAUUUAUUAAAAAUACUCUUCACACAUUUGCAGAACUUUUUGAAAGGAAAAAAGAUGGGUCGAUCCAGGCCAGUGCAUAUUGUCUUUAAAGUUGAGUGUUCAAGACGUGGUCUUCAUAGGUGGGUUUCACAGCCCAAGUAAUGGGACAAAUACAGACCAGAUGUUCCGUGGUAGCUAAGGGGAAGGAGGAGGAGUGUACUAGAGUUGGCCGUGUUGAGAAAGUAAAAGAUGAGACAUGGAGAAUUCUGUGCCAGCUCGCCUCCACCCUCUGUUUAUUCCAUGUAUACAGCUGCCUCAUGGGAUCCUAGUUCAGAUUGGGACGUGUGAAAGGAGAAUGCAACCUUUUCUCAGCCUGAAUCAGCUCUGUGCCAUGCGCCUGUUUCAGGUCGAGAAGAGUACAUAGGAGAAAAUCCUGAUCCAACCACAGUCCCCCAGUGGCUUCUGUUUGCAAAGAGAACCACUUGGGGGCUUUAAACCCAGAAUUUGUCCCAUUUUGACCCUUGUUCAGUGCUGCUUCAGCACUUUAAUCUUACGAAUCAACUCCUGCAGAGAGCUUUGCACCACACUGUUCCACAUGGCCGAUACAAAUGGAUGUGGAUCACUGUGACUGCACACCACCCAUAGCUGAGCCACUGUUGGAAGUAAAGGGUUCCUUCUGAAAUGCUUCCUUCCCACAUUCCUGCCUGUUCGCUGAGCUUCUGUGAAAGCUGCCAGUUUGAUGCCUCCCUAAGUUGCUGAGAUCCCAUGAAUUGUCUUUGCGCCUUUUCACUCUUUCACUUUUGAGCACUGCAGCAGCAAAUCACCAUGCCUGGCAAUUCCAUGUAGCGUUGGGGUCUUUUGUUUGCUUAAGAGAUUGCACUUUUUUAAUUAAAAAAGUAUUUAGUAAGCGUAAUAUAUAUAUUUGCAGCUGUUUUUUUAAAAAAAAUAUUUGUUUUUCCAUCUGUGCUUUAAUAUGAAUUUAAGCAAGGAGUUUUAUUUUCUUGGGGGGGGGGGGCGGGGGAUGGAAAAAUAAGAAAAAGUAAGCAAUUGUGUUUCAGUUCUACGAAACAGUUGCAGCUCGUUGCUAUUCACUUGAGUCUUCCUUUUUUCCCCCCUGUGCUCAUGAUGAUCAUGUUUUUUAAAGUUGUUUUGUUCUUUAGAGAAAAAAAAAGAGAAAACUGUUUUAAAACUUUUUUUCAGGCUAUGUAAGCAUGUUUUUUCCUGUGGGAGCUCGCUUGCUUGUGUGUGCGUGUGUGUCUGUUUUAAUGAAUGUCAUAUGUAAAUGCUUCAAAGAAAUGACAUUGAACUUGGAAUUAACUUACCGCAGUGACUUGAUGCUCUAAAGGAAAAAUUAUUAAAAAAAACCAUGUAGAAUUUACUACUAGCUGGAUUUUAACCCUUGGAUUUGUGCUUGUGAAGGAGCUGUAAGUGCUAAGCUGAUCAUGUGUGUAGGCAAAAAGAAGUCCUGAGAUUGCACCAUUUUCCCAAUGGUGCAAAUAAUGGCAUAAAAUGAGUCUUGUGUUUUUUCUUCCUUACAAACUCUGUGUUAUAUUACUAUGGGAACUCCUAAUAAAGACAAAAUGUUGUUGUUUCA